AUGCCGAUGCUGCCAGACUUGCACGCCAAAUGUGCGCGCCUGCACGCGGAGCUGUCUCGCCACUCGUUGGCCUGGCCAUUUCUCGAACCCGUGGACCCCGUAGCGCUCAACGUGCCCACAUAUUUCGACGUUAUCUCGCAGCCCAUGGACCUGGGCACGAUGGGCGCCAAACUCAAUGCAGGCGAGUACAAUGACCCGACGGAAUACCGCGCCGACCUACUGCUCAUGUUCGCCAACGCCAUCGAGUUUAAUCAGGACGACGAGCGCGUGGACUCAGUGGCCAACAUGGCGCGACAAUUCCAGAGCCUGGCGCUGGCCCAUUGGGACCAGAUCUUCUCCGAGGCGGCCACCGCCGACUGGGCAGUCAAAGCUCAACACCAGGCACAACAGCGUUUUAUUCAGCGAGCCAAAGAGACCCGAGUCCUUCAUAGGUGGAAGAAGGACUCGUUUGUGGCCAGACUGAACCGGGACAAAGUGGACGAACGCACACGUCUCGCUUCCAGUGGAGAAUAA